AAACCCUAGCCCUCGCGCCGCCGCCGCCGCCCCUAGCGCUCGAGCUCCUCGCCGCCCGCGAGCUCGCGGUGCGUCGCCGCCAUGAAGUUCAACAUUGCCAACCCGACCACCGGGUGCCAGAAGAAGCUUGAGAUCGAUGACGACCAGAAGCUGCGUGCCUUUUUUGACAAAAGGAUCUCCCAGGAGGUCAGUGGUGAUGCUUUGGGCGAGGAGUUCAAGGGUUACGUCUUCAAGAUCAUGGGGGGUUGUGACAAGCAAGGCUUUCCCAUGAAGCAAGGAGUGCUAACUUCUGGCCGUGUUCGCCUUCUGCUACACAGGGGCACUCCAUGCUUCCGUGGUUAUGGUAGGCGUGAUGGUGAGCGCAGGCGGAAGUCUGUCCGUGGUUGCAUUGUCAGCCAAGACCUCUCUGUUAUCAACCUGGUUAUUGUCAAGAAGGGUGAGAAUGAUCUGCCUGGUCUGACCGACACCGAGAAGCCCAGGAUGAGGGGACCCAAGAGGGCCUCCAAGAUCAGGAAACUGUUCAACCUGUCGAAGGAUGAUGAUGUCCGCAAGUACGUGAACACAUACCGCAGGACAUUCACUACCAAGAACGGCAAGAAGGUGAGCAAGGCUCCUAAGAUCCAGCGUCUGGUGACCCCCUUGACCCUUCAGAGGAAGCGUGCUAGAAUCGCUGACAAGAAGAAGAGGAUUGCCAAGAAGAAGUACGAGGCUGCUGAGUACCAGAAGCUUCUUGCCCAGAGGCUUAAGGAGCAGAGGGAGCGUCGGAGCGAGAGCUUGGCGAAGAGGAGGUCCAAGCUUUCUUCCGCCGCCAAGGCUUCCGCUGCCACAUCCGCUUAAGAUUGUUCAGAGCUUGAGAGAUGUUUGAAUGCCUACCUAAGCUAUAGUUGGAGAACCCUCAUGUUCGGCGUUGAAUCUACGACCCCCUACCCUUUCUCGAGUGCAAUUUUGCAUGAACAUGCUCCUGGCUUGUCGGAAUUUUUCGAGUACCGGAGAUUUACCAUGUUGGUUUCAAUUGUGAAAGUUGGACCCGUCAGAUAGCUUUAUAUCUUUGGUCUCCGCCAA